AUGUUGUGUAAUAUUCUGUUCGGUACCUCUUUUGUGGUUUUAUUAGGUUUAUUUAGCAAUGGGCAAGCAAUACGUAUUCCCGAAUCACAAUUCGUUCGCCAUAAAGUCGUAACACCUGUACUACAUCAUGCCAGAACAAAAAGAUUAAUAACUUCUACCAUGGAUACGAAUGGUAUGCACCACCCAGAGGUAACGAUGAAGAUAGAUAUGGACGGACAGGAACAUGUCCUAGACUUACGAAUCAAUACUGACCUCGUGGCUGGUGACUACGUUAUUGGCUAUCAAAAAGAUGGUGAGACGGUUCUGUAUAAACCUUCGAUUGAGGAGUUAGACAUCUGCCAGUACUCGGGCACGGUGAGGGACAGGAAGGGCUCGUGGGCGGCGCUGUCGACGUGUCACGGGGUUAGAGGCAUCAUACACGAUGGGAAGCAAACAAGAUACAUUGAACCCGUAGGAAAUAACAUUGACUCUACAUAUUAUUUCUACGACCAUUUCGAUUUAAAAGAAAACUUAAAAUUUGAGAGUGAUGAAGAUAUUAAUAAAAUCAAUGUUCUUGAUUUAAUAAUUAAAGAAGAUCGAAGAAAGGAGAAGAAUGCAUUAAGUCGGCACAAGCGUGACUCAACUAUUGCAGAGAAAAUUAAACUGAAAGGGCCUUUUAAUUCAGACCAAUUUUCCCGCUACUUAGAAAUAGUACUAGUCGCAGACAACAAUCUUUAUAAGAAGCAUGGAGAAAACAUUACUAACGUCCAUGAAUACCUGAAGAACAUCGCCAAUAUCGUACACUCUUUAUAUGCCCCUUUAAACAUUUUUGUAGCACUUGUUGGUGUAGUUGUCUGGAAUGAGAGGGACGAAAUAGUGAUACAAGCGAAUAUUGAUACUGUUUACACAAACUUCCUACAUUAUAGAAAGAACAAGCUUUUGUUUACUAUUCCUAAUGACAAUGCACAAUUGGUUACAAGCUCUAUAUUCGAAAAUGCAGUACAAAAUCGAGCUUUUCAAGGAACGAUUUGUACAUCUUCUUAUUCUGGCGGUGUCAACUCAGACCACAAACAAGCUGCGAAUAUACUAGCACUCUUUAUUACUCACUCUAUUGGCCACAACUUAGGUUUGAAACAUGACGAUGAAGAUUGUUUAUGUGAAGACGAAGCCUGUAUAAUGAAUCCUAUAUUUUCUACAAGGCUCAUAACGCACUGGUCGUCCUGCAGUUUCUUAGAUUUAGCUUCGAAUUUUGAUAGAGGCUUGGAUUAUUGUUUAAGAAACAAGCCCAAAAGUCUCUUCGGUUCGUCCACCUGUGGGAAUGGUUUCGUAGAGUCCAAUGAGGAAUGUGACUGUGGAGCAAACGCGACCGAACUAUGUGGUCGGUGUUAUAAUAUAGAAACUUGUUUAAUGAGGUCUAACGCGACAUGUGCUGUAGGAGAGUGCUGUGAUCCAUGGACAUGCCAACGAAAAGAAAGAGGGACAAUUUGUCGCACAGCGGCAAAUGAAUGCGAUUUGCCCGAAUACUGUGAUGGCAAUUCCGGAGAUUGCCCAGAUGAUGUGUACAAAAUGGACACUACACCCUGUUCUAAUGACACGGCGUACUGUGUGAAUGGUUCAUGUAGUUCACAUACAGACCGCUGCCAGCUGCUUUGGGGACCAACGGGAAAAAUGUCAGAUGCCAAAUGCUAUAUAAGCAAUAUUCGAGGAGAUGUUUAUGGACACUGUGGUUAUCAAACAGCAGACCCAGAUAACAAAUCGAUGUACAAUCCAUGUGAUCAGCAAGACAUGUUUUGUGGUCUCUUACAAUGUGAGCAUGAAAGCGAAAAUUUACAGUUUGGUAUGGGAUGGACAGCAGUACUACGUGUCAUGUUUAUUUUUAAUAAAGAUUCGUCGUCUGGAAAAAAUGUGUCGAAGUGCAAUACAGCUAAUAUAGAUAUGGGUGUGCCUGAUGUGGGUUUGGUGCCAGAUGGUGCUAAAUGUGGCGAAGAAAAGAUGUGCUUAAGUCAAAAAUGCGUGUCGAUAGCGCCCAUACGGGAAAACAUUGCAAAACUAAAAAACUCCGUCUGUCCCUCAAACUGCUCCGGACACGGAGUUUGUAACUCAAAAGGUCAUUGUCACUGCGACUUCGGCUUCAUCCCUCCGUUGUGUGAACCUUUCUUCAGCGGUUCUAUUGAUUCUGGUCCAGUUUUGUUAUUACAACCAAAAGACGAUGAA